UAGUUUUGCAAAUAUAAGCAAUUCAUGCACAAACAUGCAUUAGGAAAGGCAAGCAAAUUUUAAAAUAAAUCAUAAAUAAUUUAAUAACAAUAUAAAUAAAAAAUUAAAGCCAAGCAAAAAACGAAAAAGCAAAGGAUGAUGAAAAUACUGUGUGUUGUGACCAUAACCUUGGCUCUUUUGGCCGUAACAGAAACCAGGCCCCAGGAUCUCCAAACCGGUGUCAUCAUGGCUGCAGCCCAAGUCAAAGAGGCAUUUGACAAUGGUGCCGCGGCUCGUUAUGACAAGACGGUCGAGGUAUUUGGUACCAAAUGGAAAAAUGACAUGGAAGUGGGUUUUGGUGAUGCCAUCAAGAAGAAGAAACGUUCAAGUUCGGACAGUGAUUCUUCGUCGGAUGGGGAUGAUAGACGUAAGCGUUCCAUUGUUUAUGAUGAGUUGGCGGAUGACAUAAAAGCGUUAUAUGAAAAUAUUUUGCGUAUAUAAAUAACAUGCGAUAUGAUGACAUGCAGAUGGGAAGCGUAGAAUAAAAAUAAAGACAUGCACUCUCUAUUGAAAUUUAAA